GCCAGCGCAGUCGCCUCCAACUUCGCAGCCUGCGAUGCUCUGUCCUCCGCCUAUUCACCCGCCUCAUUCUACGCACUUCUCUCCCGCGCCUCUUGCGGUAGAUUUUCUUCUGCGUGUACCAUAGACUCCUCCCUGCGGACAUCCAAACCCUCCGCCCAUAGACCACUGCAUACUCUUCCACUGCGUUUGCGGUGGAGAUGUCUUCCACGCCUGGCAAGACCGCCCCAAAACUACUCCAAGACCUUCUUACCUACGACCCGCGCUAUGAGGAUCGGGCUGGUCGAAACCUGCUCACAGAUCCUCCCCCGCAUCAUGAUCCGUCCCAACCGCCACAACGUGCCGUGCCUCUCCGAAACUGUCGCCAUGUCUUCAUGAUAAAGCAUGACCAGAGCGUGCUGCCGGUACCAGGACAAGCUCCAGACGAGAAGACCGUGUACAAAGUAGCGUCAUUCUGCCAGAAUUGUCUAUACCACGUCGACGUAACGGUGGACUUCCAGGACCAUGGAGUGAGAAAGGACCCCUGCCCGACCAGGGACUGUCCGCUGCACCACUUCAUACACCGACCCGAUGGUGCCUUUGAUCGAGAGAUUCUCGGCAUGUUCAAUGGGCCCAGGAUCUUCAGAUUCCAGUGCUCGUCAAAUACCUGCCCCGUCGAGCUUCGCAUACGGAUACAUCCUCCACGCCUCACUGACGAUUAUAUCCACCUUAUGACAGAUAAGAUCGAGUUGCGCCGGAGGUUGGAAUCCGCGAAGCAGAUUGACCCAGACCGCCAGGAUCACAAAAUGGCGAGACCUGUGGACGGCCUUGAUUUCUUGACCAGUUAUUUGAACGAUUCCUUGAAUCCAACCAAAGGGAAGGGUCGGAUACCGCUGCUGAACCGAAAGUUCCUAGUCACAUUUGGGAGGAACUGUGACGACAUGCUCCGUGACUUGGGGUUUACGAGUGCCAUGGAACACAACGACGGCACCAACGAAGAGUUCUGCUGGUAUCUCCCAAAGCCGCCGCCCUCCUCCGACCCUCUCGCCGAAAAUUCUAUGCGCAACAAGAUCGACGACGCUAUUCAUGAGCUCUCUGUGCACAUAUCGAACAGGCCACAGUCCGAGAAGCAGGGCGUCCGAAACAACGUAUAUGCUCCAAAGCCCUCUGUGACGGAAAUCGAGAGAGCGCUAGGGUGUUUAGACUACAGCAAGAUCUCUUUGACUCGCACCCAAGUGCAGAACGCGAAGGGACAGGAGGACCACCCAUAUUACGCCGGCUUAGGAGCCGUUGGGGACUUCUCCGACGCACUGCUCUUAUUUGCGUACAGCAGGCAGGUAGAGACAGACCCUGUCAACUCGGCGUACUAUUUCGAGUGCCUCAAGGAUCUGGCGAUAGGCAGGAAAAGCUCGACGCUCGAGGAGAAGGUGCAAAUGCUGGCCUCGGAAGGACAGACGAGCCGCAAGGAGAUAGCGGCCGCCUAUGCUUACUUCAACAUUGACCCCAAGUAUGUGUCGCUCUUGUCUGACGAUAUCGUCAUCGGGACCUUCAAAUCUCGCAUGGCGGACAUGUCCUUGGUGCACGAAGAGGAAACGCGGCAGAUGCUGCGCGUCAUUGGCCAGGCUCGAGGGAGCUCCAAGAUUCUGCAAGAGGCGUCGAAUGCUAUCGAGACGUAUUCGCAAGCGCUUUCGUGGUUUGAUCUGGACGAGACCACGGCGGACGAGUUUGUGAUCACCAUGUUCACUCUUAAGAUUCAGGACAGCCCCGCAAACGAGAAAAUCGCCCGCAAGGCCCUGGAGAUCAUUGCCGCUCACCGCAACAGCGAUAGUUUGCGAAGGUUUUUGCAGGACGGCUCCAUGGCAGACGCCGAUAUGGAUAUUGCCGAUGCAUACUCGUUUCUCGGUAUUGCGGAUCGCUCUGGAGACAUUGAUCUGAGUGCGUUGGCAGUCCAUCGCGAUCUGGCCAUCGCCGAUCACAAGGACGCAGUAAAGGCCAACCGAGCGUUCGAGCUCAUCGCACGGGAGAAGGGCGCCAUGGUCCAGCAGACGAAGCCUGCUGCUAAGCAUCCCUUGGAGAUCUGGCCUGUUGGAUGUAAAAACAUCGGGAAUACCUGCUACCUCAACAGCGUUCUGCAGUUUCUCUUCACCAUCAAGCCCCUUCGAGAGAUCGUUCUGAAUUUUGACGAGCAGAAACAAGAAUGUACUCCAGAAGCGAUACAGAACAAGAAAGUUGGUAGGCGCGUAGUCACACUAGAGAGAGUCGAGCGCGCUCAACAAUUCAUACAAGAAUUGAGGAAGCUCUUCUUGGUGAUGAUCACUGCGCCCAGCGACUCCGUAACACCAGAAAGACUCCUCGUCAUUCUGGCCCUGCUGAAUGAGUCUGACUAUGGUAUCCUUGAUGGCAACUCUAAUGUUCAACCCACGGAAAACGGUACCGGCCACCUCGGCGAAGUGGAGGGUCGCCCCGUAUAUGGACCCAUGCCGAACCCAUCUGCGAGCAAAGAAGAAUCUUCAAACCCCACAUCGGGAUCGCCGACCGACGUGAUCAUGACUGAUUCGGACACUGCAGUCACGACAAAUACUUCUAUAGACGCAUCACAGGAUGACAAAGACAGAGGCGACGUACAGCAGAAUCAGACGAACUCGGAACCACUGAACCAACCGCCAGCCGCCCCGUCACAUCCACCACCCCCAGUUCCGCCAAGGCCAAAGGCAUCCGCUCAAGAAAAGACCGUGCUCCAAAGGGCUGAAAACGCCGCGCAACAACAAGAUGCCGCCGAAAUCCUGAAUAAUAUCCUCGAUCUAUUGAGGUGUGGGAUGAAAGCUGAUAAUAUCAUGGAGGAUGGGGAGCAGAUGGAUAAAAUUACUAGCUUGUUCUUCUCUCGCAUAAAGACGGUACAAACCACUAAAGGCGAGACUUCAGCAACCUUGCAACUCCAUGAUAAUAUCCUUGCCUCCCCAGGCGACUACGCUAGACAUCUCUACCGAGCUCUCGACGAUGAAUUCGACCUCGGACCUGUCGAAGGGACAGACUCACUCAAAUAUGAAGAGAUCAAUCGGCUACCGCCUAUCUUGAUGAUCAACGUGCGAAGGUUGGUAUUCGACAAAGAAUCAAAGAGAGCGAAGCGAAUCGAGUCUCACUUGCGAUUGGAGGACGUUCUCUACUUGGAUCGAUACCUCGACCAAACCACGUCUCUAUCUAGCAAAGAGCUUCUGAGUCUUAGAGAAAAGAAAUGGGAAACUGAUAAGAAGCGACGGGAGCUAGAAAAUAUGAAAAAGGAACUUGAAACCUCCGAAUUGGGUACUAGUCGUGCAGACGACGUGGAGGAAACAGCGGAACUUCUCGAUGGCCUUGAGAAAUUAGACGCUGACGAACUCAUAGACGUCGACGCUAUACCCGUUGCCCCUGGGCUUUCAGAUGCUGUUCGGAACGAGGCGGAGAUCCUCAGGAAAAAACAGGAAUCUUUAGACCAGGACAUGAAAGAGGUUGACGAGACGAUCAACUCCUACUUCGAGAAUCUGAAGGACCACCCCUACAGGCUACAGGCUGUCUUCAUCCACCGCGGCUCCGCGACCGGUGGACACUACUACAUAUACAUCCACGACUUCAAGGAAGAUAUCUGGCGGAAAUACAACGACGAGACGGUGGAUGAAGUGAAGGACCUCAAAGAGAUCUUUGAGCAGGAAGAGAAAUUCCCGGGCCUUUCGACGGGCAUGGUCUACGUGAAGCAGGAGGAUGUGCUGGAACUUGUGGAAGCCGUCAAGCGGGAUCCACGGGUACCACCUCCCUUCCCUCCCGCGGCUGAUCAUGCUAACCAAGAGAUGUCACAGGUCGACGAAAAAAUUACCCAGGACGUCGAGAUGGCGGAUGCAGUUGAGGGCUCGUAUACGGAAGUCGAGUAUAUCGAGGGUGUGCCCGCAGACGGCCCUUGCUGUCCCAUGCCCAUGAAUCAUGUCUUGGGUUAACGAU